GACUAGUACACCUCCAACCCAGAGACGUGACAAACCCACCAAUUCAAAUGACUGAAUUCUUCAUCAGAACUAUCAAAAUCAAGACUACAGGCAUGAAGGUUUGGGCCUUCCUUCUAUUGGUUCAAGGCAUUGCCGGCUUUGAAAUAGAAAUCAGUCAAGAUCCCGUGGUAAAAUCCGGCGAAGAAGUACAAAUCAUGUGUACCACAGAGCGGCGGGAUGACAUUGAGAACUGCUCUUGGUUUGGGCCUGAAACCAGAACAGAAUACACUCCUGACCAUAGUGACCGGUCCAUCGAGGUACAAGUCAGACGAGAUCUGUGUACUCUAACCAUCCGAAAAGCUGGGAAACGAGAUGAAGGAGCCUGGUUGUGCCGCAUUACAAAUACCGACAAUGAGGAGGCCAAGAAAUUCGCUUACUUGAACGUGGAACGAAUCCCCGGGAAAGUAGAGAUCCUCCUGAAAGCCGAGAAAACCCUUGUGACCGCCAAGGAAGGUGAGCGCCUCGAGGUCAUCUGCCCGUUCACAGCGCGAUUCACUGAUCCAAGGUCUACCCCAACUUGCGUGUGGAUCAAUCCCCUAGGAGAACGAUUUAACUUGGCUGACAACCGUGGAGUUGUGGCGGAAUAUGAAGACCUUGGAAUACUGUCUGCGGGCGAGUUGGAUCAAGGCGAAUGUGGGAUUCUCCUGACCAGCAUCAAUCAAGAUCACUAUGGACACUGGACUUGUGAAGUACUCAAUGGCCGGGAGGAUGGUCGACCCGGUACGGAGAUCGUUGCCCGGGACAUCAUUUUCACCGAACCUGAACGAGAAGAUUUCCAAGAGGAUAAAGAACAUGAGGGCUUCACAGAGACUAAUUCGGAUAGGCUUCUCACAGGUCGACAAGAUGGGGACCGAGAUGUGGUUGUCUAUGUAGACAUUGACAUCCCUGAUGAUAUUGAGGUUCAGAGCCUUUAUUGGAUUACUCAACGAUAUGUUACUAUUCCGGAGGGCGAAACAGUUUGCCCUGAACGGGACAAUGAAUGCUAUGUCUCGUCUGAAAGGUACCAAUUGGAAGGAACCAAAUAUGAGAUGAAGCUAAUCAUUGAUCGCUUGGCUCAAGCCGACUUGGACGAUCCCCUGGUUCUUAUCAUGGACUACAAAGACAAAGAUGGCGUUGAUCGUGUUGAGGUCCUCACUGUGCCCGGCUCUGGAUCCAACCAAGGCGAAAACGAAGGAUACACUGAUGAUGAAAUUGAUGAAGAGUCUGAUGAGGACCGGGAAAACAUAGGCGAAGGCGAGGAGGAUCCAGAACAUGUCGAUGAGCAUGUCUGUGAGACUUCUUGUAUCAUCAACAAGGAGAGAGUGGAACGCGGCGACAGCAAUGUUCUAUCAGACCUCUGUGUCGAGAUCUUUUGCGAUGGCAAUGGUGCCAUCACCGCUAUUCCUUUGGAAGGAUGCAAACCCAAGACUGAUAUUAAAACAGAAGCUUUUGAAAGGAAAUAACGUACCAAUGACGCAUGCGCAAAAUUAUCCUCCCUGUGAUACAUACGUAUACUGUUUUAAAUGAAUAAAUUAUAAUCAGAAUGUGCAAUCAUUACUGAUUUUCAAGA